AUGUCGAAUAGAAGAAAGUGGUUGGGAGGAAAUUGGAAAUGCAAUGGAUCUAAGCAAUCCAUAUCCGAUCUUUUAGCACACUUUAAUAAUCUUAAAAGUAAACAUAACAAUCUAGAUGUCGUGCUAUUUCCGCCUUCUCUGUAUGUAGAACAUACUAGAAAUGUGUUGAAGACCGGUGUUUUUGAGCUUGGUGUACAGAAUGUUUCACAGUCAAAGUCUGGAGCCUUUACCGGAGAGUUGAGCUUACCUAUGUUUAGUGAUUUCGGCCUAAAAUGGUCACUUGUUGGUCACUCUGAACGUAGACAACUCUUUAACGAGGAUAACUUUGACGUGCGUGCAAAAGUUAAGAUGCUCCAAGACAACGGUGUAAAUGCAGUCGUUUGUUUCGGUGAAACAUUGUCCGAACGCGAACAAGGCCAAACAGUAAAUGUCCUAAAGAGACAACUCAACGCCUUUGUAAAGGAUGUUAAGGACUGGGACAAAGUAGUACUGGCCUAUGAACCUGUUUGGGCUAUCGGCACUGGUAAAGUUGCCACUGUUGAACAAGUUAACCAAGCACACAAGUUUGUGAGAGAACAUGUCAGGGGAUUAGCUGGAGCUGUCGCCGACAAGGUCAGAGUAGUUUAUGGCGGAUCAGUCAACGAGAAAAACUGUCAUGAACUUGCAAAGUGCAACGAUGUUGACGGAUUUCUAGUUGGAGGAACUUCACUUAAGAAGGAAUUUUUAGAUGUGUUAAAAUCGCUAGAACAAUAA